AUGACAUCCUGGAGCUUCCUCCAAGGCAACAAUGCAGGAAUCAGUCUACUUCUACUCAUAGCUGCCAUCAGUCCCACCUGUGGUCAGUUGCAUGCCUGGCAGGGGCCCAAAAAGUGUCCUGACGUCUGUCCCUCGUACUACAAUGUGGUCUGUGCCAUAUACCACGGCUCCCUGCGCACCUUUGCGAGCAGCUGCGUUAUGCACAUCUAUAACUGCAAGUACCAGACGGCCUACCGGAUUAUAGCACGGCGGGCUUGUGAGUUCAUAACCGACGACCAGCUCCAGCAGAUGGAACUGUGGCCCAACAGCUGCGGAUUCAAGCAAAAUGGCUGA